CCAAGAUGGCAGCCACAGCAUUGACUUGCCCUGAGCGUGAAGGCCACUCCGCUUGGGGAAGGGAACGGAGUAAAUGGAUGCAUUUUCUCUCCAUUACAUUCCAGAAAUAACCCUCUCGGCCUCACACAGCCCGGUAACUCGAUGUUCCAACUCCGCGGCUGUACAUUUGAAGCCGGGUGCACCGAAGACCUUCCUCCCGGCAUGCACCGCGCAGCUACCAGCUGAUUGGCUAAUGCUGGAGGCGGCAAGUACGGGAAGAACAUAGGAUCCGGCGUGACGUAUUCCGGGGAACGCAGAGCCGGCGGUGACAACGGGAGAGGCGAGGGAUAAAAACAACGACACGAUGUCUGUGAGUCGGGGGAAAGACCAGAUCAAGUCUGUGCAGCCAAGUUCUGGCACGAAUGGAGCUGUAACUUUUGGCCAGCACCAGUACACUGCCGAGGAGUACCAAGCGGUGCAGAACGCUCUGCGGCAGAAGCUUGGUCCGGAGUACAUCAGCAGCAGACAAGCCGGAGGAGGGCAGAAGGUUUGUUACAUAGAAGGACACCGGGUCAUCAGUCUGGCCAACGAAAUGUUUGGAUACAACGGCUGGUCCCAUUCCGUCACUCAGCAGAAUGUAGAUUUCGUGGACCUGAGCAAUGGGAAGUUCUACGUGGGGGUAUGCGCGUUCGUCAAAGUCCAGCUGAAGGACGGCUCAUACCACGAGGACGUAGGUUAUGGCGUCAGCGAAGGCCUGAAGUCUAAAGCGCUUUCCCUGGAGAAGGCUCGGAAGGAGGCAGUCACCGAUGGCUUGAAGAGAUCACUCAAGUGCUUUGGUAAUGCUCUCGGGAACUGCAUUUUGGAUAAAGAUUACCUUCGCGCCGUGAACAAACUCCCAAAACUCGCGCAACCAGAGCUGGACCCGGCACAGACGAAACGGCAGGACUUUGAUGCUUCGUUGGAAAAGGCCCGGUACAGCAGCUUCCAGAAAGACCAGAAAGCAGCCGACGGGCUCCCUCCAGAGCCAUCGGAGAAGCGGCCGCCAGCUGCUGCCAAACAGCCCCAAGGGGACAGCUCCAGCCACAACAUGGAGCACAACACAACAAGCACAAGCUCUGGACCUGGGCCCGCAGCAACCUCUCUUCACAAUGAGGAAGAUGCCACCUAUCAACGCAAACUGCGCCAGAAACAGCUUCAGCAACGGUUCCGAGAGCAGAUGGAGCGCAAGCAGCAGAGCGUCUCCCCCUGCGGAGACCACAGAGGAGCCACCUAUGCUCAGAGGGUCCCUCCUCUCGGUCACAGCACCCCAGCUACCGCCCAAGCCGCACCUGCGCUGGAGGAGUUCCUGGCAGAUGAUCCCGAGCUCUGGGACAUCCCGUUAGACGUAGAAGUGGAUCAUUUCUCAAACGGCAACGUUCAAGCUGCUCCUAACUCUGUGAUCGCCCCUGUUACCCCAGUCGGGCAGCACCAGAUGCUGACACGAAGCAAGACCCCUCAGCGGGCAAAUAACCCGCAGAUACCACUCCGAUCGGGCUCGUGGAUCCAGAGCCACGGAAACUCAGUCGGCCCUCAGAGAACAGAUCGAAGUCCGUUUAGGCCGAAUCAGGGGCAGAUGAAGAAGAGGCGGCUGGAGCCUUCCUAACAGUGGACUCUGACACAGUACACUGCGCAUGUACAAGAUGGGAAUGCAGUCCGCGUGCACUUCACUCUUCUGGAGAUCGGGGGCUACGCAACGCUUACUUUUUAUGAUAAGGCUUUCCUAAUUCU